AUGGGUGGAGAGAGCUGCCAGCGGGCGGUAGCAGAAAUUCAGAAUCGAAUAAAGGCGCCGCCAUUUAUUAUCGAACUGUUCGCUGCUCGGCGGCGAACAAGCCCUCGCCGUCCGCUGAGAUUCAAGCGACAAGUAUUUAAAAAAUACGAACAGCAGCUAUAUCGCGACUAUAAAAUUGUCCUUUUGCUUCUGGCUCUUGUAGCAGUUCCAUGGAUGCUAUUUCCGAAACCAUUCAUCUUAAGGAGGCUUCACAAAGAGAUUUCAAGGUCGUACUUAUGGCAUGCUGGGCACAUCAGAGAUGGAUCUGGAUGUCGAACCUGAUUCUGCUAGACUUAGGCACCACCACGAGGAUUUCAACUUCAGUGAAAUGUUUGUGCAUCAGAUGAUCCAUUCAAUUGAAUUUGUCUUGGGGGCUGUCUCAA